AUUCCAAAUUCUCCUAUGGCACUACAAUGCUUCAAGCAGCCAUUUACAAUGUCAGGUUAUCAGAUGCUCGAGGUGAUGCGGUUUGCUGUUGAGCAGAUCAAUAACUCCACCACCAUCCUGCCUAACAUCUCUCUUGGAUAUGAGAUCUUUGAUUUUUGCUUGUACAAUCAGAAUUUUCCUUCAAUCCUCAAUUUUAUCUCAGACAAUGGUCGAAUAAAUGUAUCAGCCAAAGAGAACAAACAUAACGUUAUUGGCCUUAUUGGUCCUUAUGGCAGCACAGAAGCUUUGGGCAUCGCCCCCUUGUUUAUGACAGACCUCAUUCCAAUGAUUAGCUAUGCAGCCUCGAGCUCUGAUCUAAGCAAUAAGUGGGUCUAUCCAAGUUUUUUGAGGACUGUACCAACCAACCAGGAUAUAAUUAUGGUCAUAAUUAAGCUCAUUCAGCAAUUUGGAUGGAAUUGGGUUGCUUUCAUUAGCAGUGACGACUCGUACAGUCAAAAUGGACUCGAAUUAUUUCGCAGUAACAUCAAAGACACCAGCAUCUGCUUGGCCUUUUUCUAUGAAAUUACACUGAAUUCCAAUUCAACAGAAAUACUAAAUAGGAUAGAGUCACUCAGUAUCAAUGUGAUCAUAGUCUUCACACUAGAAGACACAGCCCGGGAAUUUGUCAAAACAGCUGGCAGAAUCAACAUGAGAGACAAAGUUUGGAUAGCAGGCGAUGCGUGGUCUAUGGAUGAAGAGCUUUCUACUUGGCCUGGCAUUGGGCAGAUUGGGACUAUUUUCGGUGUUACAGCAACAACUGUAAAUUUGCCUGGAUUUUAUGAAUAUAUUUACCAAACACGACUCAGUGGUGAAAAUGAUGACUGUGUGAAUUGUGAGGAUGGACAGAAUUGCAAUCAAGUUUGUGAUAACUGCAUGAGUGAGAACCCAGCUGACAUUAUAAACGAAAGCCCCACAUACUCAUUCUCCAUCCAGGCAGCUGUGUACAGCUUUGCUUAUGCACUCCAUCGUUUGCUGAACUGUAGCAUUACAGGAUGCGACCCAGCUCGAGACAUACCACCUUAUGUGGUAAGCCAUUUAUUUGUAAAGGAAGAGUACAUAAUAUGUUUAUGCUAAGUAUGCUAAGUAUUCACCCCCCCUCAAUGUGAAUUGUCUUUUUGCCGAAAUUACAGAUUUUAGUUGUCUCAGAUGUCUUUAUGACCGUUGAUUUGGCCAUUUUUCAGGUCAUGCCACACAUUUUCAAUUGGAUUUAUGUCUGAUCUUUGACUUGGCUAUUCCAAAAUAUAAACCUUUUUUCA